AUGACAGCCUUGAUCCGUACUUGGUCAACCUGGUACCUCUCCACCAAUGUAACCCUGGGACGGAAAGUCAAUCCUCCAAUCGAACCUCGCAUUGUUACCGACUACCACCGACGCUCCAAUCUCGACCAACUCCGUACCCAGAUCACAAACGCCGCCGUACAAAAUGAUGCAGACGGAAACACUUUCGUCAUCGGCGCCGCCGCCCACCGUCGACGCACCCGACGAACAUCAGAGCGACGGCUCCAAGCUGCGCACCUUUCUCGGCAUUCUGCGCAAGUUAGUUCUUUCCUCUCCUUUGUCACAUCGUCUCUUCUUGGGCCUGGUUACGCGCCCCGCCCGCUAUUGUUGCCGCAGCCCGUCCUCAACAUAAUAUGCGACCCUCCAACCUGUGGGCGAUUCAUCGGCGUGUCUGACCUUGCCGCCGUCCGAUUUUCGCUGCCCUCACAGCUGCUCGAGCCCACGCCCAACCUCGAAUACUGGACCUACCUCGACGCCCCCAAUGCCUUUGUCGCCAUCGGCACCUCGGACGAGCCUCUGGACCGCAUGCUCGAGGUCGUCCGCUUCUGGCUGACCAAGGACCUCAAAUACGCCAAGGGCAAGCCCUGCAAGCCCUACAACUCGUGUCUGGGCGAGUUCUUCAGAUGCAACUGGGAGACGGAGAACAACGCGCCCAAGAUCCUCACCAACACGCUCGGCGGCGAGAGCUCCGCCGCCUCGAGCAAAUCCAGCGUCAAGAGCAACAAGAACGCCUCGACGCCGUCCCUCUCGCCGCCCACCCACGGUACCUCGCAGGACUCGCAGCCCGUCACCGUCUCGUACCUGACAGAGCAGACGUCGCAUCACCCACCAGUUUCGGCCUUUCACAUUAGCUGCCCCGAGCGAGGCCUCAGCGCGCGCGGCUUUGACCAGAUCACGGCCAAGUUUACCGGCACCUCGAUCAAGGUGCUGCCCGGCGAGCACAACCUCGGCAUCUUUGUCACGCUCGCCCACCGCGACGGCGAAAAGUACCAGCUCACGCACCCGGCGGCUCACCUCGGCGGCCUGCUCCGCGGCAGCCUCACCGUCUCUGUCAGCGACACGGCCUACAUCACCUGCCCCAAGACGGGUCUCAAGGCCAUCCUCAGCUACGUCGAGGAGGGCUGGCUCGGCCGCACCACGAAUAAAGUCGACGGCGUCGUUUUCCGCUAUGAUCCCGAGAAUGACGACAAGACGCGCAUCCAGGACGUGCCCGAGCAGGAUGUUCUCGUCCGUCUCAGCGGACCCUGGAGGGAAAAAGUUGUCUUUACUCUGGGUUCGACGCCAGUGAAGCAGGUCCCCGUCGAGCAGCAAUACACCAUCAUCGACACGGCCCCGCUGCAGGUCGCCCCCAAGAUUCUCCCCCCCGAGGACCAGCAGGCGCCCAACGAGUCCCUCACCCUCUGGGGCGACGUCACAAAGGCCAUUCACGCCAAGCAGUUCUCCCGGGCCACGACCAUCAAGCAGGAGCUCGAAGAGGCCCAACGCGUCAAGGUCCGCGAGCGCGAGCGCACCGGCGAGACGUACCGCCCCGUCUACUUUUCCCACGCCGUCGGCAACGAGGGCCAGCCCGAGCUGACGGACAAGGGCCGCCAGGUCCUCGAGCGCUCGCAAAAGAGCGACUGGUCGCUUGAUGGCAUUUGA